AUGUCAGCCACCGUGGAUUUGGGUACAGUGUUCAAAGGAACCCCCAGCGGCAAGAUCAUCGAGGCCAAGGGCGGUACGCGUCAGCUUCGCCCGCACGAUGUCGUGAUCGACAUUGUGUACUCGGGCCUGUGUGGUACCGACCUGCACUACCGCAAGGCGGACAUGGUCCUCGGUCACGAGGGUGUGGGUGUCGUCUCGCAAGUGGGUUCGGAGGUGCGGAACUUCAAGGUAGGCGACCGCGCCGGCUGGGGCUACAACCACAAGUCUUGUGGAUACUGCGACCACUGCUUCGAGGGAUGGGACACGCUGUGCUCUGAGCGCACGAUGUACGGUGUCAAGGACCUCGACUUUGGUAGCUUUGGUGACCGUGCUGUCAUUGAUGCCGACUAUGUGCACAAGAUUCCUGAGGGCAUGGACCUGCGCUCCGCUGGUCCCUUCCAGUGUGGUGGCUCUACGGUGUAUGGUGCUAUUGUCCACGCCGGCGUCAAGGCCAACGACCGUGUGGGUGUGCUGGGCCUUGGUGGUCUGGGUCACUUGGCUGUGCAGUACCUUGCGAAGAUGGGAUGUGAGGUUGUGGUGUUCAGCGGCACCAACAGCAAGCGUGAGCAGGCGAUGCAGCUUGGUGCGCACGAGUUUGUGGCAUCGAAGGAGAACCCCAAGUUUGAGGGUGUCAAGCCGGUGAACUCGCUGAUUGUCACCACGAGCUUCCUGCCUGACUGGGACUUGUACUUUAGCGUGAUGAAGCGCAACGGCACGAUUGUGCCGCUGUCGGUCAGCUUUGACGAGAUGAGGCUGCCGUACGCGAGCCUUCUGAUGAACCAGCUCUGCGUGAAGGCCAGCCUUGUGGCUCCUCGCCUGAUCCACCGCCAGAUGCUGGAGUUCAGUGCGCGCAACAACAUUGUGCCUAUGAUCGAGGAGCUCGAGAUGAACGAGGAGGGCCUGAACACGGCCUUUGACCGUCUUGACAAGGGCGACGUGCGCUACCGCUUCGUGCUGCGCAACCCUCGUUACCAGGGCCCUGCUGUGAAGUAA